UUCGACGCAGUCAUCGCCUCUGAACGACGGCACCAACCAAGACGCGGAACGCCCCGCCGCGCCGACCGUUUCAACGCAUGGGGGAGAACCAUCCAUGGCCCAGAUCCUCGCCGCGCUUGUGAAUACGCAGGCCCUGCUCGCCAACUCGCUGUCGAGAGGUCCACCGACGACGAGCCCGAUCCAGAUUCACUCCACAAGCGACACGUCAUCCUCAAUCCCCACAUUCGAAGGGACACCGCAACAAAGUGCCCACGAAUGGAUUGCGCAAGUGGAGAGAAUCGCAGCGCUCGCCCACUGGACGCCAUCGCUCACGUUGGUGACGGCAGCGAGCCGCCUGACGGGAUCUGCCAAAGAUUGGCACAGCGCCUACGGCUCACAGCAUGACACCUGGGAGCAAUGGAAGGACGCGCUCACUCUCCGAUUCAAACGGAAGCUGACAAUGCAGGAGUUCCUCGAACUGCAGACGAAGCGACGCCUUCAGAGCCACGAGACCAUCGUCGAGUACAUGUACUCAAAGAACGCUAUUCUGAACAAGGCUCCGUACCGUCUAGCAGAGGAAGAACGAAUUUCCCUGAUUCUCAGCGGCAUCGAGGACGACACAUGGGCGAACCCACUGGCAGCGCAACUCUGCGGCACCGUGACUGAACUUAUCGACAGAGCGGCUUUGCUUGACGCGAGGCGUCGCACGACCACGUGUGUCGAUAACGAUGAGAAACCGCCACCGUCGACAACGAGCCGUGGUCAGGGUUCGAGCCAGCGGGUACCAGCCAGCAGCUCUGCCAACUUGCCGACGGCCAACUCGCGCAGCGAUUCUUCGGGAACUCCGCGCCCGCGGCCCACCUCUGCUCGUUCGUGCUUCAACUGCGGCGACAUCGGUCACCUGUCCCGUGAUUGUAGCAAGCCGAAAACGCCAGCAACGAUCAGAGCGGACGAGAAACGAGCGAAGAGGGACAACAGCAGCCACGGAACAGGGACUGCAUCACCGAGGCAAGCGAACUGUUUUUUGCAUUCGACGGGCGGCACUUUACCAAUCGUGUCCGGUACUGCUAACAACCGACCCGUCCGCGUAUGCAUUGACAGUGGCGCCAACAUAUCCAUCAUGAGUGCCAACGCCUUGACUGACGACAUUCCCACACACGCAUGGGUCUCGCGCGAGGACAUUGAAGUGCUCAACCGCAGCAUACGUCCAACUCUCGCUGCGACGCUUGAUGUGACAUUGGGCACCACGAAUGUGCGACUCGAAGACGUCGUGGUAACGGAACUGCCCAGCGGCAUCGACCUGAUUCUGGGCUCGGACUGGCGACGGGUCGCCAGCGUUGACGUAACGUUUCACAGGUCAAACGAUGUGACCAUCGUCCCAGUCGAGACCACCGGAAAAUCAUCGUCCGAAGUGCCACCCCCGAAACAAGGCACACCACACCGCACCGGGGAAACGCUUAUCGCGUCAUUCUGCCGGCAAUCGAAUGAGAGCGUUUCCGAGGACGACGGGUUCGUGCGCCUCAACACGAAAUGCCCCGCACCCGACGAAGACUUCAUGAGUCUGGUCGGAGACGCCACACGGAGGAUAACAAAGGAUGCCACCGAAGCAGAGAGGGACGAACUUCGCGCCAUUCUGCUAAGGCAUCACCAAGCGUUUACCUCCAAAGCUGACACUUUGGGCGUGUGUCCUCACACUGAACACAGCAUCGAACUCAGAGACGAUAUACCCGUAUCAUCGAGGCCGUAUAGGUGCUCACCGGCUGAUCGCAAGUUCAUACGAGAGCAAGUGCUACGCAAGAUGCUAAACAGCAAGGACAAAUGGCAGAAAGAACUACCUCGAGCAACGCUAGCAAUCAACGCCACGAAGCAUCGUCACAGCGGCCACAGCCCAUUUCGACUCAUGCACGGCUACGAUCCAAAAUUGCCAGGGGAGCUCAACCUCGCCUCAGUCGAGGGAGACAUCGACGAGUCUCAAAGGCUGCACGACUUGGCAAGGGAACGGGCGGAGACGAGAGAGCAGUUACUGCAGAGUCAGCGCAAAACAACGGUCCGAUAUGACGAGCAGCGGCGAACUCCGAGGUUCAAAUCGGGGGACCUCGUCCUGCUCGAGUUGGGCGCUCGAGGCGCAUUAGAUCCUCGCUAUGAAGGUCCAUUCGAGAUAACGGCCCUCAUUGGAGGAAACAGGGCCGAGAUCAAGAGAGUACCCCACGCAGCGGGCAAGAUCAACCAAAAAAUCGUCAACGUGGAGCAGCUUCGGAGAUAUAAGGAACCGCUCCUAGAGGUGACGGAACCAUCGCCGCCGAACGACACGUGCGCCUGAGGACAGGCGCAAUUUUCGGGAGGGCCGUGUCAGCCGGGACUCGAGCUCACACGGCCGUUGUGUUUAUAACGUGCAUCGAGUUCACACGGUCGCUGUGUUUACAACGUGCAUCGAGUUCACGCGGCCGCUAUGUUUACAGCGUACGUGCUUGGAGCCCAAACAGAGACGAUGGGCUAAGAUCCGGGGAGCGCUGGCUACAGCUCGAAUUCACCGAGAGCAUUUUCGGCCCCGCACAAGAAACAACAAAAAGUGAGACUGCGAGCCGGGAACGCGCAGCAACGCCUCGCCAGAGGAGGGAGCGAUCCGAGACACGAGUGGCGUCGGACGCAACUGAACGAGCUCCAGCACCGAGUCCCGUUUUCUUCCUUCACUUGUAACCCCGUCGAUUCACUUG